UUAUUUUUCCAACGCUCUCGAGUGCGGGUCGUUUAACGCUUUGUGGUUGCCAGAUAGCGAGAGAGAGGCAAAGCUUUUUUUGCCGAAGCUUUCUAUACAAGUUGUCUGCCGAGUGCCAAACAAACAAUAAUAAUAAUAAACGUAAUUUAAACAAUUAAUCAAAACGCGGCGAUCAAUGAAACUUAUACAAAACCAAACAACAACAACAAGCAGCAACAAGUGCCAGUGAAUUAUUGUACUUAAUUUUUAUGUACAAAUUGUGAGUGUGUAUGUGUGCUUUUAUAAUACAUAUACAAUAAGUAUUUGUAACACGCGCAUGUGUUGGUGUAUUUCUGUAUUGUGCAUUUGCGUGAGUGUGUGUGUGUGAGCACGCGGCUUUAUCAAUUGCUCCACAUAAAAAUUCAUUGAAGUGUUUGACAGCAACGAAAACAGCGACGGCAGCAGAAGCAGCAGCAGCAGCAGCAACGACGGCGACAGCUUAAAACGCAGGCAAAGGAGCGAAAGAGAGAGAGAGGGAGAGACAGCGAGAGCGAGACAACAAAUCGAAUCGGUGCGGUGCGGUUUUGACAAUAUGUUGAGCCCACCAUAAUGAAGGAAAUUGAUACCGAGACAACAGUAGUAUGGCCAGCCUGGUGUUAUUCCGGUAACACGCCCACCGACAUUUUGCAGCAGAGACCAGCGAAGGCGACGACGGCAACGCCAGUGAAACAUCAGAACGAGGAGCAGGAACAACAGUUCAACUCAUUGCCCGCGGCGGCGGCCACCAAGCGGAAGCAUCUCGAGCGGCUGGCCAGCGAUCUACGCCAGCAACAACAGUAUCUCAACAGCAGCAGCAGCCACAACAAUAACAACCACAGCAACACGGCGAAAAUGCUCAGCGAGCGUUCGCUGCUGCUCAGCGGCUACGGCGCCAUCGAUAGCUCGAAGAAGCUGUGCGAGGCCAGCAGCCCAACAACGACAACAGCAACGGUUGCUGGCGCCGCAGCGACGGGUAACAGCAGCAGCAUCAUGCAGGCAGCAACACCCUCAGCCACCGCUGCCGGCAGCAAUACCUCAAGCUCAACCUCCUCCUCCAGCUCCUCGGGCUCAUCGUCGUCCGUCUCAGCGUCGUCUGCCUCCUCAGCAGCCACUGCAGCAGCAGCCACAGCGGCAGCAGCAGCUGCUGCUUAUGCCGCAUUGUACUUGGAGAAGGUGAAGAAUGAGAAGCUGUCGCUGCCGUUGGAUUCCUUAAAGGAUGCACUCAUGGAGUCGUCGGCUAUUGCCAACAUGCACAACAACAACAACAUUUCAACAGUCAGCAACAACAACAACAUCAGCAACAAUAACAGUAGCAACAGCAAUAACAACAGUAGCAACAACAGCAGUCAUCAGCAACAGUUGCUCGCCAUCAACAGCAGCAACGUCAAACGGGAGCGACUCAGUCCCGCCAGCAACAUCAUCAACAGCAGCAGCAACAACAACAACAACACUAGUAACAACAACAACAAUGGCGAGGUGUCUGUUUCAGCGGCAUUUGCCAGAUCUCGCAGCGCCACGCCCUCAUCGGUGUCGUAUAGGGGCGGCGGUGGCGGUGGCAUUUCACCCAAUCAACAGCAACAACAACGUUUAAGUCCGCCCAGCUCGACACAAACAGCUCACAUGCCCCUCCACAAUUUGUCCACAAAUCUGUUGAACAGCUUUCAACAAGCCGCUGCGGCAAGCAGUCAACGCAGCUCAGCUGCCACAGCAGUUAAUAAUGCCACAAGUGGCGCCACCAGCGCUGGCAGCACUGGCAACAGUCCAGCCGCAGUUGCUGCCAAUGCGGCAGCGUCAACCACAAAUGCCACAGAUUUCUCCACGCGCAACUAUUCGGAUAUUAUGCGCUGCCUCGCAGCCAAGUACAACAACAACAAUCCCAAUGAUCACAAUGCGACGCGUCGCAAUUCGUACUACGACAGCAGCGGCAGCGGCAGCAGUGGCGCCACCGUUGGUGGCAUCAAUGUGCCUGCAACGCCUGCAACAGGUGGCGCCAAGUCGAGCAGCGGUGGCGGCGGCAUCGGCAGCGUGAGCAGCAACAAUACAAGCAACAGCAACAACAACCACAGCAGCAGCAGCAAAAAAGCUGCGCGAUGCAAAGGAGUCCACACUCGGCGUGGGGGUGUGUCGGUGGUAGGCGUGGCAGGCGGUGUGCCAGGUGCAGUUGUGGUGCCGGGCGGCAACAGUCAGCUGCCACCAGCUGCCGCACAAUCGCCAACGGAGCAGGCCAAGAGCCAAAUGGCCGCUGUGGUGGCCGCUGCCAGUGUUUCGCCUUUCAUGACCAACUUUCUGCCCUUCUCGGGUGGCAUUUUUCCGCCCCUCAUGGACAUGAGCAGCACCCAAGCAUUGCUGACGCUGGCGCGUGCUGCCAAAGAUGCCGAGAUACAGCAGAUACUGCGGGGCAAGCAGCAGCAACAGCAGCAGCAGCAGCAACAACAGCAGCUGAAAGGCAGCAGCAGCAAUGCCUCAUCGCCCAGUGGCAGCACAUCGGGCACGCCACGUCCCAGUUUGAAUGCAGCGUUGCAGCAGGCGGCGCAAUUUGUUACACCCGCUUUAAUCUAUUCGGCGCAACUGCAGCAGCAGCAACUCCAACAACAGCAACAACAGCAGCAGCAACAACAACAAUCGCAUCACGCCUCGCGUCAGUCUAGUCCACGUUCCAGUGCGGAGGCUGCUGCGGCGCCGAAUGUGGCAACUUCUGAUGCUGCUUCGUCGGCAGCAGCGACGGCGCCUCUGGACUUGAGCUCACAGCCGCCAGCUGCCAAACGUUUUAAGGCUGAAUCAUCUACAGCAGCAGCGACAGCAACCACUGCUGCUGCUGCUGCAACGCUGGGCUUGCUGGGGGCACGUCGUGCCAGCUCGUCAGCAACGACAACCACAACAACAACAUCUUCCACACCAUCCCCGCCACUUGCAGAGCAGAAGCCAACACUCGAUGCACUCGAGGGCCAAGGCAAUGCCAACGCCAACGCAACAUCAGCAGCAGCAACAUCAACAGCAACAGCAGCAACAUCGCCAGCGGGCACAGUGCGUCAGUGUCAGGCGCAAAGCGAGGAAGUGAACUCCUGGUCUGUGGACGAUGUCUGCACCUUUGUGGGUGGAAUUGAUAUAUGCGCCGAAUACGUACAGCACUUUCGUGAUCAGAGCAUAGAUGGCACGGGCUUGCCGCUGCUAACCGAGGAUCAUUUGGUUAGCUCGCUGGGCAUGAAACUGGGGCCGGCAUUGAAGCUGCGCUCCAUAUUGGCGAAGAAAUUGGGCGGGCCGUGUCCGUGUGUUGCGUGCGUUGCGCAGGCGCAACAGAUGUUGGCGCUGCAAACGGGAGGCACAACAUCAACAACAUCAGCAGCAGUGGCAACAACAACCAGCAGCAACAUAACGACAACGACACCAGCAGCAACAACAACAACAACUGUAACUAGUUGCAGCAGCGGCAGUUUGUUGAACAGUAGCAGCAACAACAGCAACAGCAGCAACACGGCAACAGAUAACUGCAAUGGGCCCAGCAACAUGUCCAACGAUGUUGCUGCAACAAUGUUGCCCUGCAGCUUUGAUGCUGCCGACAGCAACAGCAACAUUUACAACAGCAACAACAACAGCAACAAGGAUGCUGCCAGCUAGUUUUGUGUCACAAUCGCGCAAAUUAAUGCAGAAAACAACAAUAAUAAUUAAUUUAAUUAGAUUUAUGCAUGCUAACAAAUUGCAUUUCAACUGCAAAUGUUGUACCAAAAGAGCUUUCAAAUGAAGUUAAAACACAACACACAACACAACAACAAAAACA